AUGAUGGAGUCUCUGAGAGAAAUUGCCAACAUAGAGGAUGCAGAGGAGUUGAAAGCUAGCCUGUCAGAUUUGCAAAAGUCAACUUCAGCACAACUACUGCAAAGUUGGAAGGGCUUCCAGGAACUCAAUGACAAAGUCAGAAGUUGCAGCUCAGCACUGAACAGUUCAGAGCAUGAUCUCUUGUUUGAGACACACCCAGAGGACUACAACAUUGAAGAAAAGGCAUUGGAUAUCGAUGAGCUAAUAAAUGAGCUUGAUGUGCCUGAAAAGCUCAAGGAAGCAUUGACAGCCCUUCCGACAGGGGUGAGCAUAAGUAUGGAGGGGGAUGAAAUAGAAAUGUCUAAAAAAGCUAAUGAAAAAGUGGAGUCAUCCCCAGAGGGAGGGGUAAAUGCCAAUUCUACUGCAGUCCCCAAGGAAGAGGCUGCCAAUGAUAAUGUGCUUAAUAAUGAAGCUAAUGUUGAUAAAUCCAAUAUUAAAAGAUUUACUAAUAUUCACCAUCCCAAAGAGGUGGCUGAAAAUACAAUGUCACCAAUCCCAGAGAACCCAAGCAGUAGGCAAGAGCAGUACUUCUCCUCAGAAGAACAAAGCUUUAAAGAGGAUUAUAUUUGCCACAUAAACAGACAGGCAGCGAAUAAGGAAGGUUCUGAACUUGAGCAGGACAACUGGGAAGAAGAGGAGGCUAAAUGUGCACACAAACAGGUUGACCAUGAUGAAGAACAGACAUCCUCAGAGAUAGAGCAAGCUUACAGUUUAGCAUUGCAUGAUGGCUAUUUGGACAAGCCAGCCUGUCCUGUGGACGCUAAAGAGAAGGAUGGGGACAUACAAUCAAGCUAUGUGGAGGAGGAAGAAAGCUUGAAGAAAGAGCAGGAAUACUACAUUGAGAACCCACAUGUGGAGCAAGAUAUCAAAAUGAUGGAGCUCCAGCUUAGUAAUGAGGAAGGAAAGUCCACUGCUGAACAUCACCAGGCUAGCUCAGAGGAAAAACACGAAGGUCAAUUUGAGAACCAACCAAACGACCAUGAGGAGCCAGAGGUUAAAUGUGUUGAGUUGAAGGUUAGCAGUAAGGAGGAGGAAAGCUUGGAGGAAGAUCUGGAAUACUACAUUGAGAACCCACAUGUGGAGCAGGAGAUCAAAUGUAUGGAGCUGCAGGUUAGCAAUGAGGAAGGAGAGUCCACCGCUGAACAAGCCCAGGGUAGCUCAAACCACCAUGAGGAGCCAGAGGUUAAAUGUGUUGAGUUGAAAGUUAGCAGUAAGGAGGAGAAAAGCUUGGAAGAAGGGCAGGAAUACUACAUUGAGAACCCACCAAGUCAUGUGGGGCAGGAGGUUACAUUUAUGGAGCUGCAGGUCAGCUGUAAGGAAAGCGUAGAAAAAGACCAGGCUAGCUCAGAGGAAGAACAGAAAUGUCAUGUUGAGGACCAAAUUAGCCAUGUGGAGUCAGAAAAUAAAUGUAUGGAGGAGGAAUGGUUGAAGGAAGAGCAACAAUGUUACAUAGAGGAUCAGCCAAGCUAUUUUGGGCUGCAGGUUAGCCGUGAGGAAAGAGAGUCCACCCCUGAGGAGCAGGCUAGCUCAGAGGAAGAACGUGAGUGUCACAUAAGCCAAAACCAUGAGGACCCAGAGGUCAAAUGCUUGGACCUGCAGGAUAGCAGUGAGAAUGGAAAGUCCACCCCUAAAGAAGACCAGGCUAGCUCAGAUGAAGAGCUGGAAUGUCAUGUUGCGAACCAACCAAACCAUGAAGAGCCUGAGGUUAAAUGUACGGAUGUAAAGGUUAGCAGUGAGGAAAGCAUGUCUCGUCUUGAAGAAGAGCAGGCUAGCUUAGAGGAAGAUCUUGAAUGUCACAUUGAGAACCAACCAAGUCAUGAAGAGAAAGGGGUUAAAUGUAUAGAGAUGCAGGUCAGUAGAGAGGAAAGAGAGUUUAUCCCUGAAGACGACCAGGCUAGCUUAGAGGAGGAAGAGGAAAGCCACGCACAUGACCUUCCCAAUGCAAAUGCACACAUUAACGUGAAGGAUGAGCAGACUCACUUAUGGAUGAAGCAGACUACUCAAAAAGAAAUAGUGUCUACUGUCAUAGAAAUGCAGCCUAGCUUGGUCAAACAGCAUUCUAGUGUUGACAGGAUGGAUAAGGAUAGUGAGCAGCAUGUUAGCUUUGAACAACAGUCUGAUACUGCAGAAGAAGUCAACGUUGAGGAUAAUCAGCGUAGCACAGAGAAGCAAGUACACUAUGAAGAGAAGCUGUCUAGCUCUGAGGCAGAACAUGUUGGCGUAGAGGAUGAGAGCUAUGCAGAGUAUCAGGAACAGCCGUUUGAGGAGGAUACGAAUUACGAAACGACUGAAGCAAAAACAACCAACCGUUUUGAGGAACCAUUACCAUCUGUAGCAGAGCGAGUAAAACUACUGGAUAUGAAGAUUGCUGAUGUAGAGCAAAGGAAAAUCAUUACUAUAGAGACAACUGGCAUCAAACCGUUUGGCCACAUAAAGGUUCCCGCUGUCUCAGAUGGUGAUGAUUUAACAAACGUAUCCCAUCUAUCUAAUGAACAAGCUGAGCUUGACAAGUUCAUGGAGAAAGCAUCUGAGAUGAAAACAACCAAUUAUGUUGUUAAGGAUGUCAAAGAGCAAGACAAAGCUCCUGUGCACACUUGUAAAAGGACAAUGUGGCCUAUAAAUACGUCAGAAACUGUAGUCAUGUCCCCCCCAGCUCCACGAUCCUCCUCGCUAGCAUUUAGCUAUGAUGGCUGUAUAACUAGAGAGCCUGAGGGAAAUAGGGUCAAGACAAUAAAGGAAAUGUUUAUGGCAAAAAGCGUUGUGGACAGUCAGUAUGGACAAACAAGACUACCCAGCCCAAACAGCUCAGAUCUGUCUGACAACAGACCAGAGACUUCUGACGGUGGUCAUCGAUCACUGAUGUCAACUGAGAUGUCCAGUGUUGAGGAUGAUUCCCUGAAGAAAUCCAUCACGAAAGGCUUUGUCAGGAGAACUAUUGAAAGGCUUUAUGGGAAGAAAGAUACAAAUGAAAAAGUCCUUGCCAGUGAAAGUCAGCCUUUAUCUGUCCCAAGACCAAAGUCCAGAGAAUUCCCUGGUAAGAUCAGCCUUUCUCCAUUCCAUAAUGCACAGACCAAAGUCAUGUCUGACUUAUCAUACUUCACUGCCACAAGCUCUUUUGACACAUACAGUGAGCCAACGCGGUGUAUCGCCUUCAAUGCACAGGUCAGGCCUGGAGACUGUGUCCUGAUAGACGAAAACAGGUGGCUCCUCAGAGAGAGCGUGAUCAGAAAGUCUGUCUCAGAGCCUAUUAAUAUAAACAAGAACACAUCUGCAUCAAUUGAAGAUGAGUGCAAAGAUACAAAAUAUGUUCCUUACUCCCUUUUCGGUCACACCGAUUGGGAGGACAUGGUGAAGACUGUGAAGCCUUUGGUGGCAAAGUGCACCUAUUUCAACCUGCCUCAUGGCUGUGACUCAGACCCGUACCAGGAUGACCUAAGCCCUGUCAGCAAGGGCAGUGCCAUUGGUGACAUCUCAAAGGACAGUAAAGACAAGGCAGAGGAACCCAAGUUGUUGGCUGAGAAGAAUGGAACACUGCCAGCUUUUGCCCCUAUUGACUUCAAGAUGCCAGAUAAUAAAGUACACCCUGUGAUAGAAGGCCUGGGACGUGGAAAGGUUGUGGUGGUCCAGCCUGGCAAAGGUCAGCCUGGCAAAGGACAGACAGAUGUCAAGAAGAUUCCUCAGGAGCCAGAUGCACUAGAGAUGCUCUACUUCUCCUGUGGCCAGCACUGCCCCAUCCUGUAA